CCCGCCUACGCCGCGGCCAUGGCACCUGCCGGCGCCAGUCCCCCGGAGGUGAUCCGCGCGGCGCAGAAGGACGAGUACUACUGCGGGGGCCUGCGGAGCGCGGCGGGCGGGGCCCUGCACAGCUUAGCGGGUGCAAAGAAAUGGCUGGAAUGGAGGAAAGAGAUCGAGCUGCUCUCGGACGUGGCCUACUUUGGUCUCACCACACUUGCAGGCUAUCAGACUCUCGGGGAGGAGUAUGUCAGCAUUGUCCAGGUGGACCCAUCCCAGAGGCGCGUGCCCUCCAGGUUUCGCCGUGGUGUGCUGAUUGCCCUGCACACUGUCCUGCCCUACCUGCUGGACAAGGCCCUGCUCCCUCUGGAGCAGGAGCUACAGGCUGACGGUGACAGCACCCGGCCCUCACAAGGCAGCUUGGUUCCUGGCAGCCGUGGCCGGUCAGGGGCACGGCGCUGGGUGCGUCGCCAUGUGGCCACCUUGACAGAGCAGCAACGGAGGACACUCCAGCGGGCAGCUUUUGUCCUCCGGCAAGGCCUCACCUGCCUCCAGCGACUCCACAUUGCCUGGUUUUACAUCAACGGUGCCUUCUACCACCUGGCCAAGAGGCUCACGGGGAUCACUUACCUCCGCGUCAGCCACCUGCCUGGAGAGGACCUGAGGGCUCGCACAAGCUACCAGCUGCUGGGGUUCAUCUCCCUCUUCCACCUGGCGCUCUCCGUGGGGCUGCAGCUGUACAGCUUCAGGCAGAGACAGCGAGCCAGGAAGGAGUGGAGGCUGCACCGCAACCUGUCUCACCGCAGGAGCUCUCUGGAAGAAAGAGCAGUUCCCAGAAACCCACUCUGCACCCUGUGCCUGGAGGAACGGAGGCAUUCGACAGCCACGCCCUGCGGCCACCUGUUCUGCUGGGAGUGUAUCACCGAGUGGUGUAGCACCAAGGGAGAAGUUUCCUCCCCAGAAGCUCGUCUACCUAAGGCACUACCGCUGAUGCGACACACAGUUGGUAGUCCAGGAAGAGGACAGAAGGACUCAGGAACACUUUGGAAUGUUGAGAAAAAGAAAUGUAUCCUUGAGAUGAACUUUACUUACACAGAAAUUAUGAAACUUGUAUUUUCGAUUUUUCAUCACAUAAAAUUCACUAGCUGCCCAAGUAAAGGAUAAAAAGCUGAACCUCACUGGGAAACUUCUGGCUCAAGGUGUUCAGGGCCUAGCCCACCAGGAGGAACCAAUGCUCCAUGCCCCAACUUGAUGCAACUUAGUCAUUUCUUCAGGAAUUCCACUAUGUGGGACAGUUUGGGGUUUCCUUCCCUUCCCCAAACCAUACAGUUGAGAACUAACUUCAGACAUCGGCCAGGAGAAAGUUUUAUUCGUUUAUAUUGUGAGAACAUGAUUCCAACGUGAGGCUGUGUUAAGGCAGUGGACUGACGGGUGGAGACUGGAACUGGCAGCACAGCAACCUGCUUUGCCAGCGUGGGCAGGUGCAGAGGUAGGAGAGCACACAGUGCCCAGGUGGCAGGAGCCCGUCCACCACGGUUUGAUGUCAAGACCACCCACAAGUACCGCAAGUAGAAACACAAACCAAGGGUCAGUAUCUGCACCUGAAAUAUUUGGCACAUACUUUUUAAUAUACAUGUCACAUUUUAGAACGUGGAAAUCUGCAUCUUGGCCUGAACAAAUGUGGAAAGGAGGUGUCUCCUCCUGGGGGAAGGGAGGGGGCAGGGCCCAUUUGAAGGAACAGUUUGAUUUCUCAACACCGCGUCUGCAAGCAGACAGUUUCCCAAGGGGAGGUGGCUGGGGGAGCCAGUGUCCAGGUGGGUAGGUGGCCUGCUUUCACAAACAAGGUCACUGCUAAGUCCAGCCUGUCUCGGUUUGUUCUCAGCCUACUUCCUGCCUCUAUUUGGUAUUUCCAGGUUUUCAAGCCUUUAUUUAACUUGUGCCAGACAGAACUUCACUUCAAUAAACCAAUUCCACAGAAAUCGGUAUGUUAGGAAGAUUGAACUGAAAGGUCUCGUAACACAUAGUGUAAAAAUGCCCCUGCUGGUAACAUUGACAGGGCUGAGGUGCAGCCAGCAGCACUAGAUUUUGGCAAAGACCUGUGCAAACCAUUUCUCAGUGUUUGAUUUAGGAAUGAGAUGACUGUGUUCAUGAGUUAGCCAAGGUCACCUUGCUGAAGGUUGGCAGCCCUGACCACCUCCAGCCUGGGAGAAACCAAGAGGCACUCUGGCCUGCUGGGCAGGUGGUGCUCCACGACUUCCCACAGAAAUGGCCAAGUCCAUGCAGGAGGGCUGCAGCACAGGCCUGUCUUCGGCCAGAUCCUCUCACUUGUACUGCUCUGACCCAAGUGCAUGUGACUGCCUGUCAUAUCUCAGGCCUGAGAACUUACUAGGAAAACAGUAUGAAAAAUGAAAACCCAAAAUACCUAGUUUGAGAAUCCAAAGUGCUACAACUUGGAAAAUCAUUUUAGGAUAACGGGUCAGGUAUGCAAAGGGGCCUCUUAAGAGAGGCUGUUUCAUUUUCCUUUUAAUAUAUAUAUGCCAGAAAGAAUGUGUAUAUGAGCCAGGGAAAGGGGAAGUGCCCCCAGUGGGGCCUGGUCACAUUGCAAUCCCUUUUCCCUCCAUUCCUCCAUCCUGUCAGGAUCUUCAGCAUGUGUGCACACACUAGCAUGUUCUUCAAGCUACCCAAGGGUGAGAUUUGAACCAUAGCCAAGUGGGAUUCAGCCCUCUUCUCAGUGCUUAACCAUCACGCUAUCGGGUGAGCCCAAGGAGCUCAAGUUCAAAUAUGCAGAAGUUGGCAAAAAGAUAUCCAGAGAGCAAUAAACAUUCAUUGGCUAAAAUUAUAGAACAGGUGGGAAACAGCCUAGACUGAGGAGUCUAAACAGCCCAAGGCCAAGACAAAAAGACAUUAAUUUGCACUUCAGUGUCUUUUGUGCCCCUGUGACCAUAGCUGUCAUGUUUUAUUAUUUGUUCUGCUGUAGGCAAAAAUGGCUCCAGAAAGUUGGACUUUCUUGUGUGCAGUGACUGCAGUGUUUCAGAUAAAGACUACACAAGAAAGGGGACACGGUCUUUAAUAAAGUUGGAAUUAAAAAGUCACUUAGUAAAAUGUUUUGAGUAUUUUUAUAUCACAUCAAAAAAGUUGAC